GCAUUAAACAGCAUACUGAAGCACAUGCUGAAAUUAAUGGAUGUUUGCAAUGCUCAGGGGUUUGUGUAUGGCAUUAUUGCUGAGAAUGGGAAACCAGUAUCUGGAGCAUCUGAAAGCCUUAGCCUUUGGUGGCAUGAAAAGGUUAAUUUUGCUGGCAAUGCUCCAAUUGAAAUUGCAAGACACAAAGCAAAGGAAGGAACUAGAGGCCACAAUGAAGAGCUGAACUUGUUGCACAAAGAUGGUUCAAUUCUUAGUAGCUUGCAUGAGCUUCAGGACUCGAUUCUCUCGUCUCUUUUGUCGUCUCUGAUGCAGAGUUGUAAUCCUCCUCGAAGCAAGUACCCGUUCGAGAUUGGUGUUCCUCCUCCUUGGUGGCCUAAAGGGGACGAGGAAUGGUGGCCUCAAUUGGGUUUCAGAAAGAAUCCGGGUCCACCGCCUUAUAGGAAACCUCAUGAUUUGAAAAAGAUAUGGAAAGUUGUUGUUCUCUCUGCUGUGAUGAAGCACAUUUCUCCAGAUUUUCAAAAGAUAAGAAGUGUUGUGCACCAAUCUAAGGUCCUGCAAGAGAAGAUGACUUCUAAGGAAUCAUAUACUUUAAUGGCUAUUAUAAACCAAGAGGAAUUAUUGGCUCAAAAACAUAUGGAUCUAAAGAAGUUUAAAGAUGUAAGCAGUGGUUCUAGUUCUUCUAUGCUUCAUGAGAGCAAUUAUUUUCGUGGUGGCACAAGUAAUGUGGUGCAACCCAACCAACCCCACCAUGCUAAUUUGGUUGAAGUUAAAGAAAAUGUUCCAAGAAAUAGCAAGGUUUUGAGACCAACGGCUAUAACAAUGCAGCUAGGUGAUUGCAAUGGUGAUAAAUUGGAGGAACACAACCAACCUCAACAUGAUCAUGUUGUCUUUGAAACUGAAGUAGGUGGUGCAAAAUCAGAUAUGAGGUCCAACAAUAAUACAGGAAAUCCUCAUAAUAACACCAUGGGGAUUCCUCAUGUAGACCUGAACCAUCAACUUCACUUAGAAAGGGAGAAGCAUAACCCACCCUGCAUUGGUGAUAUGGUUCAGGUGGAAGCAAAUAUUCCAAGAAACAACAUGGUUUUGAGGCCAAGAAUGGCUAUAAAGAGAACUAUGCAGCUGGGUGAUUGCAAUGGUGAAAAUUUAGAGGAACACAAUCAACCCCAUAAUGCUAAUUUGGCUCAAGUGGAGGCAAAUGUUCCAAGAAACAACAUGGUUUUUAGGCCAAUGGCUAUAAGGAAAACCAUACAGCAAUGUUGUUCCAUUUAUACUUGUGAGAACCCUCCAUGCCUUUAUCAUAAUUACCAUCUUGGGUUUCAUGACAAGGCUACAAAAGAUGAUCACCAAUUGAAUUGCCCUUACAGAAGUAAAUCUUUAACCAUGCCUAGUUCUUCAAAACCUAAACCUGAUCAUGUUGUCAUGGAAGUUGAAGUAGGUGGUGCAGAGCCAGAUAUGGUUCCUAAUAUGAUGUCCAACAACAGUACAUGCAGUGCUCAGAACAAUGACAUCGAUUUUUCAAACAUGUUUCCUCAUGCCAACCUGAACCUACAACAACAACAUCAACAACUUCACUUGGAAACAAAUUUCUUUGGUUCAGGGCCUGCUGUCAAUAGAAAUCAAUCUCUUGAAUCAACCAAAUCCCCUGCAUCAUCCUUUGAAACCUGA